GAUCUUUGAGUUCAGCUCAUGAUGAAUGGGGCAAAAACAAAAGUGCUGUUUAUAAUUUUGUUCAGUGUAGUAUACUUCUAUACUGAACAUAUCUGUCUAUUCAUUUUUUUUGUUUGUCUGCUUUUAUUGGCUCAAUUUUCAUUUAGUUUGCCAUUGCACCGUAGUUGUAAAAGCAUGACAGAGAUUAUCUAUCAUAACAACUGGUUACAGUAAUUCUCACAUUAUAAUAUUUGAUUGAUUUGAUCUCCUGCCAAUUUAUGAAUAAAUAAUUCCAUGAUUUAACAACAGUUCAUAUUGACAUCCUGUUCUGUUUGUUUGUUUGUUGUGUAUCUGUCUGUCAGCUUUGUGUUUGAUCGGAGAGAGAGAGAUAUAUAAGAGCUAAUCCCGUUAGCCUGGGCAGGGACAUUGUGAGGCAGCCAACUGAAAUAACCCCAGCAGUCUUAUUUUACACCAGCUACUGUCAUCCCUCACAGCCACGAGUUACUACCACGUAAAUCAUGUCACCCCAUGAUUAAAUAUGUUGAAACAUGCACUUAGUUCUGUGUGAAAUGCAGAGGCACAACUGAGAGUUGUUUUCAGUUAUUUCAAUAAAAUGAAUUGCAGAAUUAGCAACUAGUUUGUAAUUAUGAAAAUAUUUCCCAUCCCCCAAUUGACUUUACCUGGCAGUGAUUCAUCUUUUAAUUUGAUUAUAGAAAGACACACUUGUAUUAAUUAUUAGGAGGCUUAUUUACCAAGAAAUGAUGAAGUAAUUAGGCCCGCUCUGUGGUGCUGGGUCUGGACUGGAGUCAGCUCUGCAGGAGGACAGUUGGUUGCGCGACAGUGAUUAGCGGCUAUAAGAGCUGAUCUGGUGUUGAUUCCAGGAAAAAGGGGAGUGCCCACAGGGAAUUAAUGAGUCUAAGAAAUUUAUUUGCCUCAGUCUGUUGUUUGGAUGUGAGACGAGGACUGCGGAGGAUCCCGGGACUCCGAGGUCUACGCAGGAAAGGGUCUUCAGGAGAAAAAGUGGAUAGGCAGGCCUGUUCGCUGUAGCCCACACCAAGCCCCGCCAUGUUCAGCAGGUUGAAAAUGUUGAUGAGGGCUCCCGAGCCUCCCCCUGCCCAAGCUCCUACCCCGCCUUCUACCCCAGCUCCACCAGCUAAGGAAGAAAAGCCCCCUGAAAAGAAGGAUGAGAAAGAGGAUCAAAAGAAAGAGGAACCAAAGAAAGAGGAGGAAAAGAAAGAAGAAGAAAAGAAAGAGGAGGACAAAAAAGAAGAGGAAAAGAAAGAAGUUAAGAAAGAAGAAGAGCCCAAGAAAGAAGAGCCAAAACCAGUUCCCCUUCCUGUCCCAGCUGCUCCUGCUGCUGCUGCUGCUCCAGCCACAGCUGCUCCUGCUGCUCCUGCUGCUGCCAAUCCAGUGGGGGCUGAUGGUGAAGAAGCCCCUCCACCCUCUCCUCCACCUGUUGUCUACUUCCGCUACACAGAUGACACAAUAAGAAGUUUGGUCAAGAAGUUAAGAGAGCGGACAGAGAUGCUCAGAGAGAAAGCCAUAGACCCUUACGCCACUUCACCAGAAAUCACCCCGCCAGUCACGCCCAUUCUGAGGAAGGAUGACUACAUCAGGAAGAAGGAGGAGGAGCGGAUAGCGAAAGAAGAAGCAGAUAAAAAGAAGGCAGAAGAGGCUGCCAAAAAGGCAGAGGAGAAGAAAAAAAAGGACGAGGAGAAAAGGAUCGAGGCCGAGAGGAAAGCAGCGGAGGAGAAGAUGUUAGAGGAGGUCCAGAAGAAAGUGAAGUAUAUUCCAGAGAUCAAUUGGUCCUACUUUGACAUCCCCUUCCGUCCUAUUGAGGUCAAGAUGAAUACCAUCCUGGGAAACACCCUAGAUCCUUUAGAUCGGCGGUAUAUUUCCUGGUUGGCUGUGGUAGCGGUGACAUUCAACUACAACAUUUGGUUUAGCACAGCACGGAUGGCCUUCCCGUACCACAAUGAAUACGUCAACCCCUACUGGAUAGUUUGUGACAUUCUAAGUGACUUAGUGACUGUUAUUGACAUCAUCGUGUGGCAGCCCCGACUACAGUUUGUCAAAGCCGGAGAUAUCAUUAAAGACGGAGCUAUGACUAAGGCACAUUAUCGGAAAUCUGUGCGAUUUAAGUUGGAUAUAAUUAGCAUAAUCCCCUUUGACCUUCUCGGCCUGCGCUUUGGAUUCUCCUCCAUUUACCGAUUCAACCGCUUUCUCAGGAUCGAGUCAUUCUUUGAGUUCAGCGAUCGACUUGAGAGCAUCAUGGCCAAGGCCUACAUCUGGAGAGUGGCUCGCACCACAGGUUACCUGCUCUACGUCCUCCAUCUCAACGCCUGUUUCUAUUAUGUUGCCUCAGUAUACCAGGGCAUUGGAUCAACUACAUGGGUAUAUAGUGGAAAAGGCUCAGCCUACCUGCGGUGUUAUUACUUUGCAGUCCGCAGUCUGAUCAACAUCGGCGGUCUUCCAGAGCCCACCUCGACCUUUGAGAUCGCCUUUCAGAUGCUGAACUUUUUCAUUGGCGUCUUUGUGUUCUCCAGCUUGAUUGGACAGAUGAGAGAUGUAAUAGGAGCAGCAACAGCAGGCCAGACAUAUUUUCGGGCGUCGAUGGACGGCUGCGUCGCCUACAUGAACACCUAUAUGAUCCCCAAGCAAGUCCAGAACAGAGUCCGCACCUGGUACAACUACACCUGGGCAGCUCAGGGCAUGCUGGAUGAGUCUGAGCUGCUUGACAAGAUGCCUUUGGUGAUGAAAACUGCCAUCGCUGUGGACAUCAACCUGGCCACCUUCCAGAAGAUCGCACUGUUUCAGGGCUGCGACCAGCAGAUGUUGGUGGACAUGUUGCUGAGGCUCAAGUCCAUCAUCUAUCUACCUGGAGACUUUGUUGUGAAGAAAGGCGACAUCGGUAAAGAGAUGUACAUCAUCAAAAGUGGAGCGGUGCAGGUGGUGGGAGGACCUGACAACAGCAUUGUGUUUGUAACGCUGAAGGCCGGCUGCGUGUUUGGAGAAAUCAGUUUACUACAGUCUGCCAAAGAUGGAGGUAACAGGCGCACAGCUAAUGUGAAAGCACAUGGCUUUGCUAACCUUUCUGUCCUGGAGAAGAAGGACUUGUUUGAUAUCCUCGUCCACUACCCAGAGUCUCAGAAAGUCCUGGCCAGGAAGGGAAGGAAACUGACCAAAGCCAAAGGUCCUGCACCUGCUAAAGCCACUGAUGAUAAGCAGAAGGGUGCGACUCUGUUUGGAGACAAACCACCAACGCCCAAGUUUCUCAAAGCCUUUGGCAAUUUCAGAAAAGGAGGCUUCAUGGACAAACUCAAGAAUGCUCAAGCGGAGCAGAAAUGAGAGAGGCGUGUGUGACGGUUCUGAGCUUGGCUGCUUCAUAUAUCUGUAUCAUUGUGAAUAUUCCACUUUUCACUGGCUACUGAAAGGCUCACAAGAAGACAGAUUUUACAAGCAGAGGUGUGAAAUGGUUGAGUUGUUGCAACCAUUUCACAUAUGAUUCCCACGCUCUUGAGCACAGACAUCAACUGAAACCUGUGAGAUUAUGCAAAACCAGACUGUAAACAGAGUAUAUAUUCUAGCCCUUUCCCUACCUUGGAAAUGUCUGUAGAUUCCUAAUAGAGACUUCAAUUCAACCUAAUCAGUGCCAGUAGCCAAAUCUUAAGAUCUUUAAAUUGUGCAUCAUUUUUCAUAUAAAGUUAAGUUGUUUACUA